CCCCGUGGCCGCCGGUGACGCAAGGCCGCGGGGUCACAUGCGCGGCCCCGAGGGGCGGGGUCAUGCAAAUAAGGCUUGAAUGGGCGUGGCUAUGACGCGGCAUCGGGGGCGGGGCAUGCAGCGGGAGCGGUGGCGCGCGCCAUGGGGCCGGAGGAGCCCGACCUGUACCGGGACACGUGGGUCCGAUACCUGGGUUAUGCCAACGAGGUGGGCGAGUCCUUCCGCCCACUGGUGCCAGUGCCGGUGGUGUGGGCCAGUUACGGCGUGGCCACUGCCUACGUGACCGCCGACGCCAUCGACAAGGGUCGGAAAGCCGCCACCGCCCACGCGCAGGACCCCACACGCGUGGGGAUGGCCGUGGUGGACACCUUUGUGUGGCAGAGCCUGGCCUCGGUGGCCAUCCCCGGCUUCACCAUCAACCGGCUCUGCGCCGCCUCGCUGGCCCUGCUGGGCUCCCUGACCCGCUGGCCCCUGCCCGUGCGCCGCUGGACCACCACUGCCCUGGGGCUGGCUGCCAUCCCCCUCAUCAUCACCCCCAUCGACAGGACUGUGGAUUUCCUGAUGGAUUCCAGCCUCCGCAAGCUUUACAGGACACCAGGAGAACCCCCCACGUCCCACUGAGCACCACCCUGCACACUCUGGGGAAACUGAGGCAUGCUGCUGUGACCCACCUACUGU